AUGAAUUACACAGCGAACGUUACGUACAAUUUGACCAGUAGUAACUGUUCAAAUGAAAUGUGUAUCCCUGAUGAAGAUUAUCUGAAUGUCAUAGAAACGCAUGUGUUUCCUAAACCUUGGGAAUGGACACUGGUCGGUUUGUAUUCCAUCACUUUUGUGAUAGGACUGACAGGAAAUUCGCUCGUUUGUUUUGCAGUAUGGCGUAAUAAAACGAUGCGGACUGUGACCAAUAUUUUCAUCGUAAAUCUCGCUGUCGCCGAUUUGACGGUUAUUAUUUUCUGUCUGACGCCGACGUUGAUAGUGGAUAUAUCGGAGACUUGGUUCCUGGGAUUCAUCAUGUGUAAACUCGUGCUAUUUCUUAAUACGGUGUCCAUCUCUGUUUCCGUGCUCACCCUCAGUGCUAUUUCUGUGGAGAGAUGGUACGCCAUCUGUUACCCGCUUGUGUUUAAAAGCACGAAAAAGCGCGCCAAACUGAUUAUCAGCGCUAUAUGGCUAUUUUCCGUAGCAGUUGCUGUACCGGAUCUAGUUGUUGCCAAAUUGCACCCGUACUUCAGUCCAGAAUUCACCAUUCUCUUGACGUCAUGUAAGCCGGGAUGGUCUAACAGAAAUCAAACUAUAUACCAACUGGUCCUGUUGAUUGUUCUUUACGUUGUACCCAUGGUCCUUAUGGGCUUUACAUACUCCCAUAUAGCUGUAGUGCUAUGGAAAGGCAACAUUCCCGGCGCCGUGGAGACAGCUCGAAAACCAAUGAUGAACAGUAAGAUGAAUAAAGCAGAUGAACAACUGGAAUCUAGAAAGAAAGCCGCCAAGAUGCUCAUCACAAUUGUCAUCAUUUUCGCCGUCUCAUAUUUCCCAGUUCAUCUUCUAAAUAUUUUCAGGUAUACGGGAGUGCUACUCAAAUUGCCAACCAAUUUUGUACUAGUGAUGGCGCUCAUAUCUCACUGGUUACCGUACUUCAACAGCUCCAUCAAUCCCGUCAUUUAUAACUUCAUGAGUGCAAAGUUUAGAAAAGAAUUCCGCAUGGCAAUCAGCUGUGGCAUGCUGCAACAAAAGAGGAGAAUCCGGGGACGUGGUCAGCCGACAAUGUCAAUCUAUUCUAAUUCCACCACCACUCAACAUUUCGUGGGUCGCAACUAUAGUCAGACAGAGCAGAUUACAUUGUCAAACUUUCAUGAUAAAAGUGAAACAGAUGCGUGGUGA